AUGAAGAUGGUUGCCGACUCCUACGGUUUGUGCGCGGCGUGCGAGAAUCAGAGCGCGGCGUGGUCUCGCCAACAGGGAAACUACUCACCUGUUACGUGCGCCGUCCGUGCCGCGUCCCCCUCUUCUUCUACGGUCGAACGUCACUCGCACGCCAGCAGCCCCAGCAGCAGCCCCAUCAGACGUCCCCACGCGCCGGAGCAGGAAGAGACACGGAACUCUAUCAACGGCGACGUGAACGGCAAGUGCGUGAAGACCCGCCGAGUCCGCCCGGCACGUCGGUGGUCGGAGCACGUCGAUGCGCCGACCGCCGUGUCCUUCAACAAUCUCCUGUGGAGCGGUGCGGUGACGUCGCAGCCGCCGAACCGCCACGACAGCCGCAUCCGCCGAUCGGAGAGGACAUCGAAGACGGCGUCGGAGGAUUCCUCAACUAACCCGUCCGUUUCUUCUUCCUCUUCCUCCUCCGCGAAGCUCGAGGAGUCCAUCUACAAGCGCAUUGUGGAGUGGGACCUGAACAGCGCCCGCCUGUCGAACAACGCCUGCGACCGCGUGGUGGCGGCGGUCUCCGACGACUCUCCUUUUACCGGUGUUCGCGGGAAGGCGACGACGGCGAGCGAUGACGGGGAGAGCGACGAGGGCAGCAGCCGCCACUCCUCGCCGGCGCUCUCGGCGUCGAGUGAGUCGAAGCGGAGUUCAAACUCGCCCAGCUUUGCCCCGCUGGAGGACGGCGUGACGGUGCGCGCGCCGGAGGCGACGUCGGCGGGUGGGCUGCAACGCACCCCUCCGAGUUCCCCCCCUCGCCGCUGCAGCGAUGCAGCGCCUCCUUCCGCCACGACGGCGGCGGAGGCGGCGGUGAUGCCACCGCUUUAUAUCACACCCUGUGUGUCGUACACCGAAUCGCACACAUCGUCUCCGUCGUCCUCUAGCGCCUCCGCGUCCUUCAACGUGGCUGACAUCGUCACCGCGCUGCGCAGCACGCCGGCGGACCAGCACCCCUUCCUCGACAUGCAGUACCAACGUAACCUGCGUGAGCACGAGCAGGCGCAGGAGCAGCUGAACCAGCAGGUCAUGCAGUCCUUCCAGACCCAGUUUUCGAGCCAUCAGCAGGCCGCCGCCUUCAAGUGUUUGCUGAACGCUGCGCACCGUCAUCAGUACCAUCAGUGCAUGGCCCGCGACACGACGAAGGAGAAGAGCCGGCAGCAGGCGAGCGACAACUUCGCCGGCGCCCGUUCGCCGAGUUGUGCCGGUCGUUGGGGUCCCCGUCAGCGCCGCCUCAUCAACCGCCAGUGGCGCAUGACGGCCGAGCAGGCGGAGUGUGACCUGUACCGCGAGGGCCUCGGCGCGGUGCAGCGGAAGCUGUCAUGCAUGUGUCUCUUCAACCCCGACACCGACGUGCGGGUGUACGAUGAGAACACGAACGUGCGAGAGCAGCGGUGCUACCGCCAGCACAAGCUGCUCGUCCGUCUGCAGCGUCAGGCCAUGCGUGGCGGCAACCCCUACUUUCUGGGGGAGGCUGCGUAG